AUGUCCACCCAAGAAGAAACACUACCCCCCCCACAAACAGUGUCCCCCACAAUUGUCCUCAGAGUCCUUCUCUCUCUCAAGGAAGCCGCCAAGAUCAUAGGGCUCAAGGGUUCCACCAUCUCCAAGAUUAGGGAAACUCACGGUGUCAAGAUCGGGAUCUCAGAGAAGGUCACCGGAUGCUCCGAUAGAAUUCUAUCCUGUGCAGGCCCUAUAAUUAAUGUCGCUAAUGCACUUAGUGAUUGUGUGGAUAUCUUAAAUGAAAAGGAUUAUGAUGCAGAGGGAAAUUUAUUGCCUCCUUUGAAAUUCGAAAAAUAUAACUUCCAUUUCUUAAAUCAUUUAUUACCUCCACCAUCAAGAAAUGAAGUACUGGAAGAAGAAAAUGGUGAAGAAGAAAAUGAUGAUGGUGAAACGAAAAAGCAGGAUGCGAAUGAAGCAAAUUUGGAAGAUCAAGUCCCAGUGGAUAAGAUUGGAAAUUUGAGAUUGAUCGUACCAAAUCGUCAUCUUUCAUCCAUUAUUGGGAAGGGUGGUGUAAGAAUUAAAGCCUUAAUUGAAACAUAUGGUGUCAAGAUUGUCGCAUCAAAACAUUUCCUACCAGAUUCAAGUGAAAGAGUAUUGGAAAUUCAAGGUUUCCCAGCUUCCAUUUCAAAAGUACUUAUUGAAAUUUCAGAAAUAUUAUUAAAUGAUGUAGAUAUUAAUUUCAUCCCAGAAAAACAUUAUUACCCUCAUUUGAAACAUCAAUCCAAUGGCUUUAAUACAAGACAAGAAAGUGAUACUAGUUAUCAUCCAUCAAGUAAUAAUUUCGAAAAUAAUAGUAAUAAUAACGAUGAAUUUAAAGUGGAAGUAUUAAUCCCAGAAAUUUAUGUGGGUGCCUUAAUCGGGAAACAAGGUAAUAGAAUCGCAAAUUUAAAAGAUUUUACAAAGACUAAAAUCAUCAUUGAAAGGAAAGAUGACGAAUCAAGAGAUGAUAGUUCAAAUAGAAUAUUCACCAUCAUUGGUCAUUUACCUAAAAAUGUUAAACUUGCUGAAUCCAUGUUAUUGAAAAAUUUAGAUUCAGAAAUUGAAAGACGUCAAGCUAAGUUUAAUAGUGAUACUAUAGUCUCUUCCGGUCAACCAAUUAAACAUGAAGAUAUCGAAUGA